AUGACGAAUUUCUUGUUUGCCAAGAACAAAAUUGGCUUCAUCGAUGGGUUAAUAAAGAAGCCAGAGAAGACUGCAUCCAAUUAUAUGGCCUGGAUGCGUUGCGAUGCAAUGAUAAAAGCCUGGCUCACUACGUCAAUGGAGAAGGAAAUACGUAGCAGUGUUAAGUAUGCUAAUAGUGCUGCGGAAAUUUGGGAUGACAUGAAGGAGAGGUUUGGCAAAGAAAGUGCACCGAGAGCCUAUGAGUUGAAACAAUCGCUCACGAUGACUCGACAAGACGGGACUUCCAUCUCAGCCUACUAUACUAAAUUGCGUGGCCUAUGGGACGAAAUACAAUUGGUUUUACCGAUUCCUCGCUGCACGUGUAAGGGGUGUAUGUGUGGGCUUGGGAAGAAACUUGUUGAACUCAAGGAAAAGGAAAGAACAUACGAAUUUUUUAUGGGUCUUGACAGUGAAUUUUUGGUGAUUCGGACUCAGAUUUUGGCAAUGAAACCAACACCAAGCUUAGGGACGCAUUAUCAUCUAGUUGUUGAAGAUGAGCAACAGAGGGUUGUUUCCUUUGCUAAGAAAACAACUCAAGAAGCAGUUGUUUUUCAAGCUUUUGUUCCAGCAAAACGCGAAGCAGCAAAAAAAGGGGGGGCAGAAGCAAAAAGGGAGAUGACAAAGCCUAAAGCUGCACUUGUUGAAACUAGUUCGAGUCCUUUCCCAGGAAUAACAGAAGAGCAAUAUAAGAUGUUUGUUAAACACUUCAGUGGUGACGAUGGUACCGAUGGCUCAUAA